UGGAGGAAGUGAGCGGUGGCUUCCCGGAUACACCAGUGUGUCCCGUCCGUCGUCUCCUCCCUUCUCCCGCAGGUAGGAACCUAACCAUGGAGAUCGCCCGCCGCGCCGCCGCUACGGCCCGCCUCAACGAUGCCUACUUCCUCCCCGACCAUUCUCCCCCGCACGGGCCAAUAUCGUUGGACGCGCUCCGGCGGGAGCUUGUGAAGGAGAGCAUUCUCCAGGAGAUCAUCCUGUCCGAGCUGGCCGAGCGGCGGGAGUUGGAGCCCGUGGUUCGGCGCGAGCUCGGAAUGGAGCAAGCCGGUCCCCUGCCCCUGGGUAUCCUUCCAGGACUCGAGCUGACAGCUUUGCCUCACCAUAACACAUCCCCUGUGCGGCAAGGGGCUCAGCUCCACCUCUGCAUGCCAGUGUUGCCAGAACAUUGCUUGGAAGAGAGCGUGAUGGUGCCCGGAACUGUUCUGGUGGCCAGACGCCCUGUUAAAGAUCGUAUUGAUGAAUGGUAUCAGCCUCCAUGGCAUAAAGGGUCAGCAGACGAGGAUGCGUUGAUUGACCGGGCUAGGCUACCUAAAAAGACAUUCUCUGGGUUGAAGAGGAAAAGGACUGCAGAAACUUCAACAUCAAACAAGAAAAGAUCAUCUGAGAAAUGGAUUUGUGCUCUCUGCCACGUGAAUACAUACAGUGAAGUCUCAUUUGAGGAGCAUUGCGCUGGCUUCCAGCACCAGUCAAAUGUAGCACAGUUGGGAUGGGCUAAGGAAGCUGCUGAACCAAAGAGGAUGGCAACAGCAGAGGCUAACCAUGGCCUGCAGCACAAUCCAAUUGCUUGGAAUUGCAGCAUUUGCCAAGUUAAGUGUUCAGGCAAGUUGGACCUAAACAAUCACCUGAAAGGCAGGAGGCACCAAGAGAACACAGUAGCCCUAUGGAGAGAAAGCCAGGAAAUUCAAGGGGAGAGUGGGUUCGAGGAAGCUGAGCUGUAUGAGAAGAAAGAGCUACAGCUUGUUGACAUGGAGCAAAGACCCGCCUCAAGAUGGAAUUGUAGUAUCUGCAAGGCUAACUGUACAUCGGAGUCUGACUUGGAGAGACACCUCCGAGGCAGAAGGCACCGACAGACUGUAAAAGCCCAAUUCAUAGAAGGCAACAGCACGACAGUCACCUCUCAUCUUGGUGGGAAGAAAUAGCAGGCAGUGCUCGGUGCAUAUAAUUGAGAUGCAGUUGCUAAAGACAAUGUUGCAAUUUGAGGCACGUGUAAAGAACUGAUGGAAGUUCAUUUCUUUCAUCCAGCCUUGCUGAUCUCCUGGUGUUUGGGAUCAAAUUGCAGGAAUUUGACUCUUUUGUGGCCUUCUAGAAUCAAUGUAUGGUCUGUUAACUGUUCUAACUUGUAGACUUGGUGUUGCCUGACACUAAGUAGUUAACUGGAAAGCAGCUUAUAUGGCCAUUGGCCUCCCCUUUUGCAAAGUAGGCACUGCCUUGGGGACAAAUCCGAUGGCUGUUUUACCCACUUCUUUCACAGCUUAUUAUUCAAAGCUUCAGUUCCAUUUGUGAAGAGCUUUUUUUUUAUCUCCUUUUAUCCAUUGAUUUACUAUUUCAUACUUUUGGCAAUAUUUGAUGUCCUGUUAAUUUCUGGUGAAAAAUCAUUAUCCAUGUCACGAAUAAGUAUAAUAUUGAAAGAGUCCGGAAGUGUAUAAUUCUGCAGA